CAAUAAAUACUACAAAAUUUCUUUAAAUAUACAUAUUUUUAAUAAAUAAAUAUGGCUGGACGAAGAGCAAGAUCAACUAAAAAUAUAAACGCACAAUAUGAAGACUUGUGUCUCCGAAAUGAUGAUCCUGAACACCUUAAAAAAGUUUGGAUUGACAAUGUCAUUGGAUAUGGAGUGUUUGUAACAAAAUCAUUUGACAAAGAUGAUGCUAUUUUGGAAUAUAAAGGAGAGGUAAUUGAUCGGUUUGAAGCAGAAAGGCGUCAUAAAAUUUAUCAAAGUAAUGGAGAAGGGUGUUUUAUAUUUGAUGUUGAUUCUUGUAAUUUUAAGUUAAGUGUUGAUGCUACAAAGUCGUCAAAUCUUGGGAGAUACGUGAAUGAUUCGGCUGGAAAAUUUGCUAAUUGUCGCCCAAAAAGUUUUUUAUUUAAUGGUCACCCAAGAAUAAUUUUAGUUGCAACAAAAUUUAUCUCAGCCAACACAGAGUUAAGAUAUGACUAUAAUGAUAAGCAAAAUCUUUCAUGGAGAAGUGAUGUAUAGUUUUUAAUUUUUUUUGCUUACUUUAUUAUAAAUAGUAUAUAGU